AUGUUGAAGAUGGGGUUGCUAUUUCCUCUCUUCUUUCUUUGUUCGUUGGGUCUUACUGUUACUGGUCAAGAAUCCAUUGAGUUCCUAAACCUCUGUGACGCAAGUGAUGACAUUUUGCGAGCCUCAUCGUCACACGGUGAGCUUCCCUUAGCUGUUUUGGUGAGUGGUGGAGACCUCAAUGGGGUAUCAAGGAGCAUUUUGUUGGCUGAAAGUUGGCUCAGACACAAUGUUCUUGCACAUUACCCAGCGGCAAAAAUCACCACCAUUGUCUUGAGAAGCCUUGCCUUCUGCCAACAAGACCAACAGCAACAGAAUCUCCCUGUAGUUCUGUCUUCUUUGAAGAAUAUCUAUCACUCUUUAAGGAGGUGGGGUUUGGAGAAAGAUGUUAAAGUUUCUGUUGCUUUUAAUUUGGACUGUUUGAGUCUAAACUCAGUUUCUUAUAACGAUGAUUUGAAAAUGGUCAAACCUGUGAUAGAUUUCCUCCAAAGUGUUAACUCUACAUAUUCUGUGAUCCCACAUUUAGCCUUCUCACAUUUUUCUGAUAAAAGUUUAAGCUUGGUGUCUUCCCACUUGGAGUCCAUGAAAAAGUUAGGAUUUUUCUAUCCCAACAGCAUAAAUGUUGUAGCCAUUGUUCCAAAUGUGGGAAAAACAAUAGCAAGAAAGCUUUCAGUUGUGGAUGCAAGCCUGAUAGGCGCAUUUCCAGUAAGGCCAGCUCCAAUGCCAGAUAUAGCUGGGCCCCCAUUAGGUUUCUCUGUCGGUCAUCCUUCUCCUUCCAAUGUACCAGUAAAACCUAUGCCUCCUCUAGCUCAAGUAGUUUCUUCUCCUCCUCCAAUGCCUUCUACCACUUUUGCCCCUGAAGAACCACCCUUUGUUGUUCCAGCUAGUUCACCUCAUGCUUCCACUUUGCCUCCUUGUAAUCCAAUCCACAGUGAGCCACCUUAUCCACAAAUAAUCCCGGUUCAGAAGCUGUGGUGUGUGGCUAAGCCUAGUGUUCCUCCAGAAACACUGCAACAGGCUUUGGACUAUGCUUGUGGAGAGGGUGGUGCUGACUGCAUGGAGAUUGAACCGCAGGGAAACUGCUACAAUCCCGACACUGUUGUUGCUCAUGCUUCUUAUGCUUUCAACAGUUACUGGCAGAAGCACAAGAGAAAUGGUGGAACAUGCAGCUUUGGAGGAACUGCUAUGUUGAUAAAUUCUGACCCAAGUUUCCUUCAUUGUCGGUUUAUUCUCAGCUAA